CGAAAGUGAAAGUAGACAUUGUAACCAUUUCCUGGUGGUACUGUACUGAUCGAGGUCUGUGACCUGCCAGAAACACCGACCCCACAAACCUUACAGCAUGUUUUGUAUAGCACUGAUAGUUAUCCUCAACUUGUGGGCACCUUUAACCAAUGGAAUUACAAUUAAUUUGGAACCGGUUAAACCGAUUGUGAAUAAGUCGGUGUACAUGAAUGUCACUAAUGUUGCCAACGAUAUCCGAAGCUUUAAUUGGUACAGAGGAGAAGUAAUGGCAUCAAACCAAAUACUAAACUAUAUAGUCGGUUUGGACCCGGUACACGGAGACAAAUAUAUUCCUAACUCUGUUGCUUUCAAAAAUGGUACUUUAUAUAUUCCAAAUCUCCAGAAAGACUAUGCAGGUAUUUAUACAGUACAGAUACAAACAAGCUCUGGAUCAGAACAGGCAAAUGUGACAUUGACUGUCUCAGACCACCCAGAUACAGCUCAAGGAAACCGAGGUGGACUUUCAGUAGGUGCAAUAAUCGGCAUUGUCAUUGGUAUUUUCGCUUUUCUUUCUAUUCUUGGAGUUGUAUUUUAUGUCUCAAUAAAGAAGAAAAGCAAUAGAAACGCUAUUUGAAGAGGAUCCAUUUGAAAUCAAAGAUGAAGAUUUUUUUGUUUCUCUUGCAAAUUCUUGCCAAGAAGUCCACCGCUGCAUAUUUGAAGCUAAAACGCUAAAAGUUGUAGAGAGACCUUUCCACCCAGAUAGUAGUGAAUUAGCAUUUUGUAAAAAAAAAAAAAAAAGUGUAAUUAAAAGCCAUUCUCAUUAGACUAGAACAGAAAAUAUAAUACUAUAAUAUAGUUGAAAAAAAAAACAAAAAAAAACGACAUACUUAUCUUUGGCAACUAACAAAUAGGUCUAUAAAGAGGGAUCUCUGGGAUCAUGUGGGGUAUGUUUCUUUAUUUUUGAAGUGAACAAUGUUGCCAAUCAGGGUAUGGACUGGUGUCAGCAAUCUUUGGAGAUCCCACGAUUUGAUUUAACCUAGCCUGUACAGCAGCGGUUCCCAACACAGUCUUCAAGUACCCCUUACAAGUCCAUGAUUUAGGGAUUACCCUGUUGUAUCUAAACUGUUUUUUUCCUUCUAAAAACACCUUAAACAAAACUGGGUAAUCCCUAAAUCCUGGAUUGUUAGGGUGAACUUGAGUACUGGUUUGGGAACCACUGCUAUACAACAAAAUAAAGCUUUAAAAGGUUACUCCAACCAAAACAGUUUUAGAAAACACUGUAGUUAGAGUAGCCGUUGCUGGCAUUGCCCCCACCACCACAAAAUAAAACUUGGGAGUAAUCCCAUAGCAAGUCCACGUUCUCUCUGCAUCCUCCAGUUAGGAAAUUCCUCCACAAUGGGACAAACUGAGGGGAGGAUUUGGACAGUGGGCGUGCCUGCAUUGGUCGUCUUAUGCCGGAUGCUUGCCUGCUAUGCUUGCUGAUAACAGUUGCCAGAUAUACACAGAACUGACAUUACUUGAGUUAAGAGCUAGUUAAAGGAGCACUAUAGUGCCUAAAAAACAAACUCGUUUUCCUGGCAACUUUUUGGUCAUUAGGUCCCCCCCACCCUCAGAGCCCCCAUCAUGCUGGGCUGAACCCCUUCAGCCACUUACCUUUCUCCCGUGCCGGGCUCCCUCGGCGCUGGUGAACUCUCCUCCUCCUGCAGACGUCAGCGCCCAAUGCGCAUGCGUGGCAAGAGCCAUGCGCGCAUUCAAACCGCCCAUAGGAAAGCAUAACUCAAUGCUUUCCUAUGAACGUCAGCAUCAUCUCACUGACUUUUAUUCUUGUUCUUUUCAAAUAAUUUU